AUGAUGCGCAAAGCUAGUGUCCGCUGGAUGAAGAUUAUUGUGUCGAAAUGCAGCUCAUCGCGUGCCCGUCGCCUUCGCUCCGCCCGUCGCCUUCGCUCCGCCCGUCGCCUUCACUUCCCCCCCGUCGCCUUCACUCCCCCCCUCCCCCCCCUCUUCCGUCGCCUUCAUUUCCCCCUCCCGUGGCCCUCACUUCCCCCUCUCGUCGCCUUCAUUUCCCCCUCCCGUCGCCCUCACUUCCCCUCCCGUCGCCUUCAUUUCCCCCUCCCGUCGCCUUCACUUUCCCCUCCCGUCGCCUUCAUUUCCCCCUCCCGUCGCCCUCACUUCCCCUCCCGUCGCCUUCAUUUCCCCCUCCCGUCGCCUUCACUUCUCCCCCCCGAUGCCUUCGAUUCCCCCUCCCGUCGCCUUCCACGCCUGCCGCACUCGCUUUCCCGCCCGUCACACUCGCUUCCCCACCCGUCACCUUCACUUCCCCUCCCAUUGCCUUUCACUCUCUCUUGUUCACUCUCUUUCCCCCUGCUCACUCUCUUUCCCCCUGAUCACUCGCUUCCCCCCUCCUCAAUCUCUUUCCCCUGCUCAUUCUCUUUCCCUCUGCUCACUCCCCUUGUUCUAACCCCACUCUCCCCAUUUCUCACCCAUUUUCCCCCUUCACGCUCUCUUACCCCCUCUGCUCGCCCCUGUUUUCCCGGCUCACUCCUAUACUCACUCUCUCCCCCCCUGCUCACUCUCUUCCCCCCCUGCUCACUCUCUUUCCCCCUGAUCACUCUCUUUCCCCCUUCACGCUCUCUUUCCCUCCCUUCCGCCCGUUGCCCCCCUUCGUCUCAUCGCCCUCCCUGCUGCUCGUCACCUUCGCUCCCGCUCGUCCCCUCGCAAUCCCCGUCUCUCUCUCUCCCCCCAUCGCCCUCCCUUCCACUCCUCGUUGCCCUCGCCAUCCCUCCCUUCUCCCUUCCCAUCUCGCACACUUGUCACGCCCCCUUUCCAACCCGCACAUACACCCUUCCCUUCUUCCUUGUUUCCCCGUAUCCCCUGCGCUGCUUUCCCCCAUCCUCCGACUUGCUCCCCCCAUCCCCUUCCCUGCUUCCCCCCGUCCCCUCCCCUGCCUCCCCCCAUCCCCUUCCCUGCUUCCCCCCGUCCCCUUCCCUCCUUCCCCCCGUCCCCUCCCCUGCCUCCCCCCAUCCCCUUCCCUGCUUCCCUCACCCCCUUCCCUGCUCCCCCCCAUCCCCUUCCCUGCUUUCCCCCUUCCCCUUCCCUGCUUCCCCCCGUCCCCUUCCCUCCUUCCCCCGUCCCCCUCCCAGCAUCCCCCCAUCCCCUUCCCUGCUCCCCCCCAUCCCCUUCCCUGCUUCCCCCCAUCCCCUUUCCUGCUUCCCCCCAUCUCCUUCCCUGCUUCCCCCCACCCAUCCCCUUCCCUGCUUCCCCCCAUCUCCUUCCCUGCUUCCCCCCAUCGCCUUCCCUGCUCACCCUUGCUCCCUCUGUUUCACCCUUGCUCCCUCCCCUUCUCUCUUCUCACUCUCUUCCCCCUUGCUCACUCUCUUUACUUCUGCUCACUCUGUUCCCCCAUGCUUCCUCUCUUCCCCUCUGUUCAAUCUGUCCCCCGCUGCUUCUUCUCUUCCCCUCUGCUCAUUCCGUUUACUGUCUUCCCCCCUUCACUCACCCACAUACCCCCCAAUGCAUUUACAGAGGAAUGAUGGGAUCGGGAAAGGAGGGAUGAGGAAACGAGGAAAAGAGGAAACGAGGAAUGGGGUGGGGCAGAAAGGGGUGGGGCGGAAUGGGGUGGGGCAGAAAGGGGUGGGGCAGAAUGGGGUGGGGCGGAAUGGGGUGGGGCGGAAUGGGGUGGGGCAGAAAGGGGUGGGGCGGAAUGGGGUGGGGCAGAAAGGGGUGGGGCGGAAUGGGGUGGGGCAGAAAGGGGUGGGGCGGAAUGGGGUGGGGCGGAAAGGGGUGGGGCGGAAUGGGGUGGGGCAGAAAGGGGUGGGGCGGAAUGGGGCGGGGCAGAACGGGGUGGGGCGGAAUGGGGUGGGGCGGAACGGGGUGGGGCGGAAUGGGGUGGGGCGGAACGGGGUGGGGCGGAAUGGGGUGGGGCAGAAAGGGGUGGGGCGGAAUGGGGUGGGGCGGAAUGGGGUGGGGCGGAAUGGGGUGGGGCGGAACGGGGUGGGGCGGAAUGGGGUGAGGCGGAUUGGGGAGAUGAGGGAUGGGGAGAUGAGGGAUGAGGAGAUGAGGGAUGGGGAGGUGUGGGAUGGGGAGGAGAGGGCUGGGGAGGAGAGGGAUGGGGAGGUCAGGGAUGGGGAGAUGAGGGAAGGGGAGAUGAGGAAUGGGGAGAUGAGGGAUGGGGAGAUGAGGAAUGGGGAGAUGAGGGAAGGGGAGAUGAGGAAUGGGGAGAUGAGGGAAGGGGAAAUGAACGUGUAUGCGACGGAAGGGUGCUGCUGGCCACUGGCGGUGGGCGACAGUGGCGGUGGGGGGAAGCGUGGGCGACGGUGGCGAUGGGGGGAAGCAUGGGCGACGGUGGCGGUGGGGGGAAGCGUGGGCGACGGUGGCGGUGGGGGGAAGCGUGGGCAAUAUGCUCCCCUGCCCCCUGCCCCCUGUCAUCUGAAGCACUGCGCUCCUUGCUGCCCGACUGCACGUGCUGCCCCGGCUGUGCGCCCAGCGCUCUGCUCCAAAGCCGCAGCAGCACCUGCCAUGCGUGCGGGGUUGGUGCAAGAGAGAGAAGGGUGGGUGCUGCUGAUGCACCCUGUGACAUCCCGCCGCGAUCGAGUCACGACCCCAUCCCCAGCGCUCGAGACCUGCCCGCCAUACGUCCGCGGCCAGGGUGGGUGA